UCCGGAACUCUGUGUUCCGGGCGAGUAGUUUCCGGUCGCGAGGUGGGGAACGCGGACAGCAGAGCACCGGGAGCGUGGCCGCGGCCGGGUCGCUGCAUGGCGGGGUACCAGAAGUCGACUCAUGUCUUCCUUCAGUGUCAAAGGUUUCAUGCUGCUAUUAGCAGGCACAAAGGCAAAACAGCUACAGAGCAUCUCUGGCUGAUGAGGCAGUUGAAGGACCCAUUUGUAAAAGCUGCAAAAGUGGAAAAUUACCGUUGCCGAAGUGCCUUCAAACUUCUGGAGAUAAAUGAGAAGCAUCAUAUUUUCCAACCUGGGCUUCGGGUAUUAGACUGCGGUGCUGCCCCUGGCGCAUGGAGUCAAGUAGCUGUCCAGAAAGUCAAUGCUGCAGGCACAGAUCCCAAUUCCCCUGUUGGUUUUGUCCUUGGGGUGGAUCUCCUUCAUAUAUUUCCACUGGAGGGAGCAAUUUUCCUCAGUUCUGCUGAUGUAACUGACCCAAGGACCAUCAAGAAAAUUCAAGAGCAACUUCCUGGUCAGAAAGCUGAUGUAAUUUUGAGUGAUAUGGCACCCAAUGCAACUGGUAUUCGGGAACUUGAUCACCAAAAGCUCAUAAGCAUGUGCCUGUCUCUUCUGAACUUCGCUUCAAAUAUAUUACAUCCAGGGGGAACAUUCCUCUGUAAAUUUUGGGAUGGAGGUCAACGACAUCUCUUACAAAAUAGGCUGGAAAAAGAAUUCCAGAAUAUCAGGACUAUAAAACCUGUAGCUAGCAGGAAAGAAUCAUCAGAGACUUAUUUUUUGGCAAAAUUAUACCGAGGAAUCAAAACACCUUCAAAAGAAUAAAAAUGACACCUGUUCUUACCAUUAGGGUUAUUGGAGCCUGUAUUAAUUAGAAGUUUGAAUCAAACCUUGGACUAUUGCUAUGUAAAUAUGAUAUAGUAUCUAAAUGAAAUGUAAGCACUAAGCAAAGAAUAGAAAAACAUUUUAUUCUAUUGAGUUGCAUAUGGAAUUUGGAGCUGGAAGUGCCAUUAGAGAUUAUGUAGAUCAACUUCCACUUUUCAUUUUAUAGAUGAGGAAAUUGAGGCCCAUGGAGGUUUAGUGACUUCUUCAAGGUAAGUAGGAAAGCCAGAAUUUGAACCUACUCUUCUGACUCCAAAUUAAUUCCUUCCUGCACUCGCCAAACAUUAAUUUCUUUUCUUUAGUUGAAAAACAAAGCACCACUCAUUUUUUAUGCCUGUGGAGAUGCUUGUGUGGAGAUGAGUCCCUGGUAUCGAGGCCAUCCUUCAAUAAGUAUAUUAUUUGGGACAGCUAGGUAGCGCAGUGGAUAGAGCGCCGGCCCUGGAGUCAGGAGUACCUGAGUUCAAAUCUAGCCUCAGACACUUAACACUUACUAGCCGUGUGACCCUGGGCAAGUCACUUAACCCCAAUUGCCUCACUAAAAAAAAAAAAGUAUAUUAUUUGCUUUAUGGUUUAAAUCUGUACACACAUAAUAGCACUAAAAUGUGAUAUUAAAACAAUUUCCAAAAGAAACAGCAAUGCAUUAUGUUCAUUUAUUUUCCUAAGCGUAUUCUAGAAUUCUGUAUAAGUUUAAUAAUGUAAGGGCCAAAUUUAGUAAUAAUAAGAGUUAAUUGGUGGGGUAGCUAGGUACCACAGUGGAUAGAGCACUGGCCCUGGAGUCAGGAGUACCUGAGUUCAAAUCCAGCCUCAGACACUUAACACUUACUAGCCGUGUGACCCUGGGCAAGUCACUUAACCCCAAUUGCCUCACUAAAAAAAAAAAAAAGUUAAUUGGGUAGCUUGCUCUUCAUUAGGCAAGUAAACCACAUCAUCUUGUUCAUGAAUUCUCUAGUACAAUGACAAUAACAGAUAUUUGAAAUGAUAAACAAUUUAUCAAAGGACAUAAAACAUCAG